GAGGACACCCCUCCCCUGCCAGACUGCCCCAUAGAGUGCCCCAAGUCACCUUCCCCUCAGUUUGGCUCCCCGUCCUCCUCCCGCUCCCCGUCCCCCUCUCCUCUGCCACCAGCCAGAUCCCGCAGCCCGCGCCCCCAGCCCUGCCCGCCACACAGCCCCCAGGUAGAGGUGCCCACCAUCCUGUCCCCCACCCACACCCUCAAGCUGGAGGUGCUGUCUCCCCCACCCCCAAGGUCUCCUCGGGGCAGCCUGCCCUCCCCCACCAUCCCAGCCAGGUCCCGCCACACCCCGACACCCAAGUCACCGCGAGGGCGGGGCAGCAGUCCGCCCCGAACACCACGGCCUCGCUCCCCCAUGGACCUGCCACUGCCCCGCUGGCGGCCAGACCCUGUGGUGCGCCAGAAGAGCCGCCCUGCACCCUGCCCCAUCCUGUCCCCCGCCGCAGAGACUGCCCCACCACGCCCUGUCACCAUCCCCCCCUCCGCUGAGAAGCUGCGACGCUUCAGUGAGGAGGAGGGGCUGGAGGGGCGGGGCGGGGCAGGGCAGGGGGGUGAGGGCCACGACACAGCGGAGAGCGGCUUUGACGACGGCAGCGACCUCCCCGACCACAAGCCAGAGGCCCCAGCCUGCCCCAGGGCCCCGGCAGGGGAGGAGGAAUCUCCCACCCCUGCUGCGGAGCACAGGGAUGACCCUCAAACCCUCGGUACCCCUGCCACCACUACCACCACCACUACCACUACCACCACCACCGCCACCGCUGCCACCACCACCGCUGCUGCCUCUAGCACCGCCAGCACUGCCACGCCCCCCAAGCUGGACUUCAAGAGUGAGGUGCUGGACGAGCUCUGCAAGUUUGCUGAGGAGGGAGACACGUCCAUCUACACCGGCCCUGCGCCCCGCCCCCCACGUCCUGAUGGGGAGGCAGAGGCACCCCGAGAGGAGGAGCCGCCGCCACAGCAGUCCCGUGGGGAGUCCUACAUCAAGACCUCCACCCUCAGGAAGCCCCCCACCUCUUCCAAGAAGAGCAGCGAUGCCCCACACGCCCCCCACACACCACGGCGAGAGGAGGCUGACUGCACUGUGGAGGGCCCCAGCCCCGCCCGCUGCCCUGGCCCCGACCCCUCCCCUCGUCCCAAGGCCACCCCGGAGAAGGACCCUGCCCUGGAGGUGAAGGACAGGACCUCCAUCUCCACCACCACUACCACCACCACCUCCACCUCCACCUCCACCAUCUCCACUAACACCACUACCACCACCACCACUACCACCACCACCACACCCACCACCACCACCACACCCACCACCACCAUCACACCCACCACCACCAUCACACCCACCACCACCACCACACCCACCACCACCAUCACCAGCAGCAGCAGCAGCGACAGCAGUGGCAUGACAGCACUAGCAGUGACAGCAGCAGCAGUAGUGGCUCCGGGCACCCCCAGCACGCCGGCAGACAAAGUGCGGGGGAUGGAGGCUGCCCCGCACACCCCCCACAGCGCACAGCGGCCACGGCACAGCAGCAGCGGUGGCGGCAGCAGCAACCACUCGUCAGUGUCGCGGCGGCGGGAGUGUGCCAAGUGCCACCGUCGCAGCAAGAUCAAGCGCUACAACAUCGGCGUGCAGUGCCGCCGCGACAAGACCGAGCCCCGGCCCCCCGUCUCCCUCCCACCACCCCCCUCUGCCACCUCCACCGCCACCUCAGCCACAUCGCCCCGCGCCCCCACGCCGGUGUUCCCCAAGGUGGACAGCGGCACCUGCCAUGUGUCGCUGCCCCGGCCACCGGCAGGGUACGGGGCGCCGGGGCUGGACCACUGCCGCUUUGCCAAGUUCAUCCACGUGGAGACAUACCCCAAUGGUGGCGCCACGGUGCUCCACCUCUACCAGGAGCAGGUGGCCACCCUCUCCCCUCAGGAACAACACCAGCUGGCUCAGGAGUUCCUGCAGGUGGUGUUUUCCGAGGACGAGGCAGGGUACGCACAUCACGUGUGUGGCAUCGUGCACAACGCGGCCCGCUACAUGCCAGACCUGCUCGACUACAUGGCGGAGACACACCCCAGCCUGUUUGUGAAGGCCGGGGUCAUUGGCCACAUCGGCAGGAAUUCUGACCUUGAAACCUUUACCAUGGAGAAGUACAGAGAUGAGGUAUACAAGAGCUAUUCAAACGGCACCUUCCGGGCGGGGCCACUGCACCAGGUGAGCGUGGUGGGGACAGUGCACGAGGAGGUGGGUGGCUACUUCCCAGACUUCCUUGCCAUGAUGGAGGAAAACCCAUUCUUGAAGCAGGCCAUGCCGUGGGGCCCGAUGUCAGUGGUGAAGAUGACGUCACCGCAGCAGAGCAAUGACGGCCCCAUACUGUGGAUCCGCCCCGGGGAGCAGCUCAUCCCCACCGCUGAGCUUGGCAAGAGUCCCGCCAAAAGGAAGAGAACAGGGAUAAAUGAACUCCAGCGCCUGCAGUAUUUACCGAGGGCCACCAAUGCUAGAGAGAUGAUGUUUGAGGACCGCACCAAGGCCCACGCUGACCAUGUUGGGGCUGGACUGGACAGACGGACCACUGCUGCUGUUGGGGUACUGAAGGCUGUGCACUGCGGCCAGCCAUACACACACAACAGAGUGGUUAAAGAUGUGGUAGCCUUUGAUGCACACGACUUCCAUGACAUUGUGGAAAAACUGCAACUUGACCUCCACGAACCACCAAUCUCACAGUGCAUACAGUGGAUAGAAGAUGCCAAACUGAACCAGCUGCGUCGGGAUGGCAUCCGCUUUGCCCGCAUCCAGCUGUGUGACAAUGACAUCUACUUCCUCCCACGCAACAUCAUCCACCAGUUCAGGACCGUUACAUCCGUCUGCAGUGUGGCCUGGCACGUGCAACUCAAGCAGUACUGCCCCGAAAGAGUACCUACUCCAGCCCCGCCAAGCACCCCGGGGCAGUCGCAGGCCGCCCCGUCCCCUCCGAACACCCCCGAGGAGCGUCCCAAGCCCUCGCCCGGCCAGGAUCCCCGAAUCGGUCCACACCAUCGAGACACAAGAAGAAGAAGAAGGACAGGGAUAAACAUCGUCAUCACCAUCGAGAGCGGGGCAGUAGUAGUAGUAAGGACGGGGCGGACAGACACCGGGGCCAUAAACGCAGGGAAGGGAGCAGCAGUGACGGGGUGAAAGAUGGGGCGAAGGACGGAGCGAAGGAUGGGGUGAAGGAUGCGGUGAAAGAUGGGGUGAAGGACGCAGGGAGGGAGUCCGGGCAGGCGGGGCAGAGCAAGCAUGUGAAAAAGGAAGGGGAUGGGGCAGAACGGGUCAAGAAAAGGCUAAGAUUGGACUCGGGCGGGGAUGCAGAGUCCGGGGCGAAGGUCACGGAUGAUUCCUCAGUCACACAUGGCCCCGCCCCGCCCCACAAGAAGAUUAAGGAGGAGAUCAA